AUGGCCGCGCCCCCCGCGCUCUGGAGCGCCGACGACCAGGCGCUGCUGGACAUCCUGCUCAUGACGGAGCCCGCGGACGACGCGACCGCUACGGUUAAGGACGUGCAGCCAGCGUCGCCCGUGGUCGUCCGCGGCGCCAAGCAGACGGACAAGGACUCGCCCAAGGGCAAGCUCUCGGCCAUGGAGCGGCGCGCGCGACACCGCGAGGUCGUCAAGCGCGCCUACCACCGCAACAAGGCGGCGCUCAAGAGCCUGCGGGACACGGUCAAGGAGCUGGAGCAGCAGCUGGAGAAGCUCUCCAUGUCCAAGCAGCAGGCGCAGCGCGCGCAGCCCAGGAGCAGCGCUGCGGACGAGAUCCAGCGCCGGUACGCGCUGCUGACCAACGAGCAGGAGGAGCUGGGCAGCGAGGCCGCCAGGCUGCGGCUGCUGCUCAACUACAGGCAGCAGUUCGCCACGAGCAUGGUGGCGCUGGCGCAGAGAGCCGCCUCCAUCUCGUCGGACGACUCGGACAACUCCGACACCGACUCGGACACGGCCACGACGUCGUCCUCCUGCUCCGCCACGUUCCCGUCGUCGCCGUCGUCCCCGCCACUGUACUUGGGCGCGGACUCGUCCCCGCUGCCUACUCAGGACGUCGAAAUGAACGCGCGCGGCGUCUCGCCGCUGAGCGCGAGCCACAAGAAAAGCUCCUCGGCGCAGUUCUUCAACGAGCCGCGCCCGACCUUCGUGGGGCCCACCAUCACGGGCAAGACGCCGCUGGCUGUGGCCAUGCGCAAGCAGCUCGGGUACAGGCCGCUGGGCUUCGCAGAGUCAUCGGCGCUGGUCAACGAGUUCUACCGCUGCAUCCUCGACUUCUCGCUGAGCGGCAGGGCGCUGACCACCGGAGCCAGCAUCAUGGGCUGGGAGGACAAGCGCCUGCUAGACGGGACAACUCUUAAGUUCUCGCUGCGUAAGCGCUUCGUCGGACGCAGCGCCAUGGAACUCAUGACCAGCACGUGGCAGUGCUUCUCCGACCCGGACUGCACUGAGACCAAGUUCCGCGGCCUUAUGACGCUGCGGAUCCUGCAGCGCGUGAACGACGACACCAUCGUGGCUCUGCGCGAGUCCAAGAGCCCCGACGGAGCCAAGCUCUACCGGUGUGUGUAUUUAUUGUUCCGCGUUCGCACUCGGAAGGGCUUCAUCAUCUGCGUCAAGUCGGUCUCGCCUGAGCGUCUGACCGAUCCGGCGUUGAGCUCCGUCAGCCGAGAUGGCACAGCCGUGCAGUGGACAGAGCUGUCGGGCUGGUUCGUGUUCGAGCCUACGGUGGAAACAGGAGGUGAAGGCGGAUUCUACCAGGAGGGCGCUCAGGUGGAGUACGGCGGCUGCAUGGACUAUGGUGACAACGAGUCAAUAGCGGCGCUCGCCAUGAACACGCUGUCCAUCGUGCUCAAGUGGGAGAGUAUGAUGGUCGGCCCGCUCUUCACUUUGCCGCCAUCUUCGUGGUGA